UUCUUGGGACAGCAUGCGAGAAGGAAGUAAAAAUAUAUUAUCAAAGUGAAAGCACAUAAAUACCUUUGAACCUCAACAGGCUGGUUUAAGAAACUGCAAACUUACUCUUCGAAUACAGUAAGCAAAAGACAGCCACGUAAAGAUAUACAUAUGGCAUUGGACAUCUCAGUAAGGAAGUAAAAUACCACUCAAGCUCAGCAGACUCCAUGAGUGAUGUAGAAAACACAGAAUAGAUCUUCGAUACAGAGUGAAAUUCUAUCUACAUAAAUGGCGGAGAGGAUUUAUGAUGAUAUUUGCAACAGUGUCUCAAGGAGAUGUGAGAGAUGUGGGAAAGAAAAUUUUGGUGAUAUGAUAUCCCACGAUUGGGUGUGCUAUGAUUUCUAUGUAUUAUCUGCGCCAGAACCUCGUAAUAGGAGGCAUGAGGAAAUAGAUGAAUUUCUCACUAAUGAUGUUAUCAAACCACUUGAAAUCCAAGGAUAUAACUGUUUUCAUGGCUGCAGAGAUUUGAUUGGAGGCCAACUACUCUUUGAGGCCUUGAGUGAACCCAUGGUCAAAAUCCCUACAACCAUUGUACCGGUCUACAAAGACAGAAAAUUUGCAGCAUUUCGGAACUUCCUUUUAAGACCAGACCUACUACCAAGAAUUGUGUUUAUUUUAUUUGAUGCCACAAAUAUCUCUUCUAUGUUCGAUUCAAGAAUGUGUUUCUCUCUAAAGUCAAGUGACAGUCUCCUAGUGGAAAGAAUAAGCAACACAAUUGAUAUAAACAAACAGCGGAUCCCACCUACCAAGAGACAGUUUGAUAUUUGCAGUAAUUCAGAAACCACGACAUUUAGCUGGUCAGAAAGCCGCAGAAAUGAUCAUACCAGGCAUCCCACAGAAGCAGAGGCACAUGGAUUUUCUAUUCAUCCUGAAGGCCAUAAAUCUCAGCCAGGACGACAGACUGGAAGAGCUACAUCUGAAGAAUUGGAAGUCCAUCUACACAAUAUCACAGACCAAACAUCACCAAAUGACCUUCUGAAUCUCUGUAAGCACAAGGACAAAAAGAUUAGAAAUUGUGCAGCAAAAACUUUAACUAAAGUCAUUCAAAAGGAUAUAACAGCAUUUUAUCAAAAUUAUGAUACAAGAAAAUUUGAGAAGGAAGCCAAAUACCUUAUUGAGAAUGAACACGCUUAUCACACUGACAUGUACAGCAACUUCCACAAACUGUAUUUUUGGAUCUCUGCAGCAAUAUUUCUGAAAAGAUACAAGUGUAAAGAUCCAAGCCUGAAAGUGUAUGUGAAGACUUUGACAUUGAAAAAGUUUAAAAACAGUCAGAAUGCAUUUGACGAAAUGUGCCAGAAAAUAUACCAUAAACUUACUGUUGCAUUGCAUGCUAGAAUAAAAAAGAAUUGGCCAAACCAAUCAGAUGAAAAUGAACUAAGUGUAAAACAGCUGGACGCUUGUCUUUCUCUGAUGGAUCAACAAGCUUCAUUUACCAGGGACCUUACUAACGAUGCCAACCAAAUCAUGAAAAGUAUACAACAUCUGCCUUGGGAUCUAAAAUAUAUUUUCUAUGGGAUCAUUACUAACAAGAUUUUUAAGAAAAAUUCUGUGGAAUCUAGAAACAUUUUCCAGGAAAUGUGUAACUUGGCUGGUAAAAAGCACAGAGGAAUUAUUGUAGACUUAAUUGAAAGCAUGACUGAGUACAUCCAGAAAAGCUUCACAACAAGAGAAUCUUUAAAUGUGUAUUUGAAUUUUCUAUUGAAUAUUUGGAAAAUGGAGAACAAAAAAGAUGACAAACUAAUGGAAAUUAUGAAACAUUUCUUGCCAAAACUUGUGUAUCAUCCCUUAAGUAAAGUCAGGGAGCUGAUAGCCUCAUUGGUUUUCAGUGGAGAUUGGAAUAUGAUUGACCUUCGCCAGUUGGGUAGUACAUGUAUCCGAGUUGAUGAAGACCUUGCUGAGAGAUGCUUUCGAGAGAAACUUUCGGAAGACUACCCUGACCUUACCAUUAAAGAACAAGUACAGACAACACAGAAUGCCUUAAUAUUUGAGGCUGAGACCAGAGAGGGAAGUUCCUUAUUAUACAUGAGUAAACAAAGAUCAUUAAACGAUAUUCUCCAAACUAACACAACAGAUGAUAAAUAUGUAAGCUUUAACAAAAUGUCAAGUGUCCUAGAAACAUGCCAAGAAAGUGAAUAUAUUGCAGGACUACGUCAACUGAAUUCAAAUGGAAUACCUCCAUUUUAUGUCAUUGAGCAUGGUGAGCCUUUAUUAGACUUUCUGCACAAGAAUGAAAACCGCCUCACAUUGUCAAAAGUGGCCGAUAUCCUCAUUGACAUUACCAGAGCAAUCCAUCACUGUCAUAGCAAAUCUGUUAUCCUCUGUGACAUUACUCCUGCCAGCUUUGAAGUUUUUCAUAGGAUGGACGGAUCAAUUCAAAUUAGACUUGCUAAUUUUCAGCAUGCAACAUUUGUUGACAAUGAAAACUCUGUUGAUAUUUCAGAAGGAUAUGAGUCAUCUGACAGUUUCCCCUACAUUGAUGGUGAAACUACAGAAUCAGUAGCUGUUUACUUCAGUGCACCUGAGACACUUAAAUAUAAACAAUUUUCCCAGUAUUCAGAUAUGUGGAUGACAUCUGCAACAUUUUAUUCAACUAUUCUUUAUGGCAGACGACCGUUUGAAGAACUGGCACAUCUCAGCACAGCCCAGUUUGUGAAAGAGAUAAUAUCAAACCACACAGUGGAAAUACCAAAUCUCUUUCCUCCUGAUCUGUGGGACAUAUUAGCAACUAAUUUCCUUUCCGAUAUCAGCAAGCGAAAGUUAACGGAAACAUUACUGCAGGAUCUGGAAAAAUAUAAGAGCAGUUUGGGAGACCAGCAAAAGAGGAUGUAUACAGCCAGAUCAGUGUGCUGUUUGUUGAAUCCGGAAGAUAUUCAAAGGGGUUUCCUGGAUGAAAAAGAUAAUUUUAUUCAGGAAGAUGUGAAAGAACCGAUAGACCCAAGGCAGCUCAAUUACAGUGAUGACUUUAAACAACGGAGUUACAUGAAUGAAAAAGAUCUUUAUAGUCAGCCAGACGUUAAAGAAGCAGGGCAGAUCAUGUUCAGGGAUCAAUUUAAACCACGGAAUAAUCGUCUUCAUGAGACUGUUUCAAUGAGAAUGAGCAAACGCACCAGGAUUAAGCUGAAAAGACUGCAUCAUCAAAAUAUUUUGGGAGUAGAGAAAAUUUCGAUGUAUUAUUAUACAACUUCUCUGAUUUCUUUACCUUUGGGAAUGUACAUCUCUACUUUGGAUAAAGUCAUUGCAGAUACUAGUAUUUCCAGAUUUCUGUCUUACUUUCAGCAGAUUGCCAGUGCUUUGCAAUAUCUUCAUUCUGAAAAUAUUUUGCACUGUGAUUUGCGCUGCAAAUACAUAUACGUCAAUCCGCAGGCCGGUACUUUAAAAGUGGGUCACUUUGGGCGAGCUGUUACCUGGGAAAGCAAUCAGACAAGAUUUGUGAUCAAAAAGAUGCCUUUAGAUGCAGAAAAAUGGUCAGCUCCAGAAGUAAGAGCUAAUGGGCUAUAUUCUGUUGCUUCUGACAUUUUUAACUUUGGAUCCUUGUACUGGGAGGCAGUACAGAUUCAGGAAAAGAAUGCGAGAUAUGUAGAAUAUCCAGAGGAAAGAAAGGAUUGCAUCCGGCAGCUUACAGACUGCAUUAAAAAUUGCUUUGACAAUAAUCCGACAAAGCGGCCUCUACUCACAACUAUAUUACAUAAUAUAACAGAUCUUCAGGGCACUUAUGAGAGUUUUUCCAGCAAUGCUGAAGCUGCUGUAAGUUUACUUUCCACUGAAAAUUAUGAAGUCUCAAUCCAGGGAGAGGACAAUGAUUCAAUAUAUGAAUUGCCCACUAAUUUUUCUGAGGCUUAUUCUUCUAAUAAUCAAUGGCCAAAAUUAAUACGGGAACUUAUUUUGAAAGGAAAAAUUACCAGAAAUAGCAGCCCACUUGCUAGCCAAAGGGACAUGAGCAUUUAUUCAAGUUAUGAAGAUGUUGGGUUUAAUGUAAGAAAAUAAAAUGUUUUUCUUUGUA